AUGCUCGGUUCAUCCAGAGUAUUCUCCAUACUGAAAAUUAUAGCCGUGUUGGUGCUUUUCAGCUGGUCACUGUCAUACUUCGGUAUUACAAGGGCACACUACGAACGUGUCCUCCGGCAAUUCAAGGGCGAGAGGGCUCAUUUUGUGGCGGAUUUCCUCGAGAAUGAUUUCGACGGCCCCUUCGACGGCAAACAGAUAGCCUUACUAUGCGCGAACAGAACUUGGACGGAAGGGCUCAUCUUCCACUGCGACCCGCCCGCUGGGGGCAUAGCGGUGGUCAGAAAUGCACAUUUGAACUGUAUCCGUAUGGCCAUUGAAGCUGGAGCCGAGCUAAUCGUCCCAGAAAUUGUUCGCCGUAACGCCAAAGACAUAACCCAAGUCACACCGGACUCAAAGGGCAAACCUCGCGGGAUAGCAUCAGAUUACUUCUACGAUCAUCAGCAUUUCAAUUGGUCAAUGUCAACUUUCUGCCCACAGAUGAGGUUGUACUGGUCAGUCGACGAGCUGUUCGAUACCCCGAUGGGCACCCCUCUGUCGAUUUCAAUAGGAAAUCUGGAUAUGCCCCAGGUAGAAGGGUCGAUCAUUGAGAAACCAGGCACGUUCGCAAUACAGUUCAAAAAGUACUUGGACUCCCAGUCAAAUCCCAAGACGCGGACUUGGCCUUUCAAAGUCGAGGUGGCUGUCACUCUCGAUGCAUGGCCGACAACCUACGACGCUCCCGCGUUUGUCCGCAAUUUUGGCCGCGUAUUGCGAUUUCGCGAUGACACUAGACAACUUGCAGCAGCUGCCUACUUCAACAUGAAAAAGAAGAAGCUAACGUCGCCGGGUUUCGUCGGCAUCCAUCUGCGGACCGAAGAGGAUGUAUGGGGUACGGAAUUUCCACCGUACGACGAGCAAGCGGACUACUACUUGAACUAUGUCGUGCAGUCCAAGUACUCGGUGGUCUACCUAGCCUCUGGCGCAACCUCUGAGAAUAUUACGGCUUUCACGGAACGGGCUCGCGACUUGAACGUCACUGUCGUUACCAAGAAGGGCCUUUUAGACCCAGAGGAUAUUCUAUACUUGGAGCACUUGACAUGGGACCAACAAGCGCUAGUGGAUUACGAGCUUAUACUUCGGUCUAAUCUGAUGGCAGGAACGUGUGAGAGCUUCUUCGCGUGGAGUCUUGCCAUGAGACGGGCAGCUUCCAUUGGGUCAGUCGGUGGUCAUACUGUUGUACCACCUUCUAGUACAACUCGGUGGCAGGAUACACUUUCGGCGAUCAUGGGAUCCGAUCAAGGCAAGAACAAGAAUAUGCAGCUUGCCAUCUGGCCUUGA